UUCAACAUUUUUACCUGGCAUCUCUGCUCUAGUAAGGAAGUAUACUUUAAAAAAUUGGUCCAGAUCAACGAUAGUAUAACUGAAUUUCGCUAUCAUGUCAAAAGUAACAAGAAGAGAUAUUUCUCCUUUGCUCCAGGAGCUGCGAAAUUUUCUUUUGGGUAGAAGGCACACUAAUGCACUACGUUUUGAAGAUGGUAUUUCUGCUAGAACACAACCUUCACCGAAUCUUCCCGACGGCCCAAACCACAAAUUAUCGUCUAACUACUAUGUUGUUCGUGACGCUCGUCGUGAAGUUGCACCACCAAUCAAUUUUUCUUCACAGAAGUUACUCAUUGAAAAAAGCAGAGACGCCGAAACGCAAUCAAAGCAGAGGAAAAAGGAAAACCGGGAAGUACCACUCGGGAGAAAAGCAAGAACGCGUCCGAUAGGUUUCGAAUUCACUUUAUUAUGUAUUAUGUAACAUGAGAUUGAAAAAAAAGGAACAAAAGCAGUGUUGGCAAUGUCUUUGAUUAUUCUCUACGCUUCACACUCCGCAGGGUUGAUUCAUCGUACUCGACCUAUCACUACAUUCCUCCUGGUCGAGUGCUGAAUCUACUCAUUAUUUCAAACCAAUAUAGUUCAAAAACUUACGCAUUUUGGCUGGUCCGACGGGCUUCGUUAGUGCGUCAGCGAUCAUUUCCUCAGUUGGACAAUAUACAAGUUUCAGGAUACCUACUUCACAAAGAUCUCGUACAAAAUGUCGUUUGGUGUCGAUGUGCUUUACUCGACCAGAAGUUCUCUCUGCUGUGGCGAAGCUGAUGCAACCUUGAUUAUCCUCAAAAAGCGUCGUCGGAUCACAUUGUUGAAAUCCCAAUUCGUCCAAGAGACGCCUCAACCAUAUAGCUUCUUGACAGGACAAAGUCAGCGCGUUGUACUCUGCUUUUAAAGAUGAUAGAGCUACUGAACUUUGCGCUUUGCUUACCCAGCUAACUGGACCAUCACCGUAGAAAAAGAUGUAACCGGUAGUAGAACGCCUAGUCUGCUGAUCACCUGCCCAGUCUGAAUCGGUAUAACCAACUAGCGACCAGUUAUCUUUCGAUCCAUACCGCAGCUUCCAAUCCUUUGUUGCAUUCAAAUACUGUAAAAUACGUUUCGCAGCGGACCAGUCUGACAUGUUCGGCUGACUAACUUUUCUUCCAAGGAGCCCAACACUUAGCGAUAUAUCUGGUCUUGCGUUGACGGCUAGAUACAGUAGUCCUCCAACUAAACUCCUGAACAAAGAUGGAUCAUCAAACGGUUGCCUAUCAGAAUUAUCCAAAGUAUAACCCGAAUCCAUUGGAGUCCUCACAGGUUUUGAAUUUUCCAUAUUAAACUUUCGAAUUAAACUAUAAAUAUACGGAGUCAACCGCAGCGUAUAGUAACCAUUUUCAUUCUCUAUGUCAUAGCCAAGAAAAUGUUUAAAGGAACCGAGCGCUGUCAUUCCAUACUUCUGGUAUAAUUUUUCGAAAACUGUCGAUCUCCUCCUCAUUAACGCAUCCGAUGAUUAAGUCAUCAACAUAUACAAGUAAAUAAAUAGUGAUUCCUCCAUGACGUACAUAUAGGCAAGCAUCUGCUUGGCAAGGAUUAAAUUUUAAUUCAAUAAGUGCUGUAUGUAGAACUUUGUGCCAGCAUCUCGCGGAUUGACGUAAUCCAUAAAUACUCUUCCGAACUCUACACACAAAGCCUUCUUUGUCAUUAUCUGUGAAUCCAGGGGGCUGGUUCAUGUAUAACUCUUCCUCGAUUGUGCCGUUGAGAUACGCAAUUUUCACGUCAUACUGCUUCAAUUUUAACUUUUCUCGACUGGCUAUUGCUAACAACACACGUAAUGUUGUUUGCCGCGUUACUGGAGCGAACACUUCCGUAAAGUCAAUUCCAGGUUUCUGAGUGUACCCUUGGGCCACAAUGCGUGCUUUGUGCUUAACUACCUUACCUGUAUCGUCACGCUUUAUUUUAUAUACCCAUUUAGUUCCUAUAACUUUCUUUCCGACAGGUAGUGGCACAAGCUCCCACGUUUUAUUUACUGCAUGAGCCUUCAUCUCUUCGAUCAUUGCUUGCUUCCACUCAGGAAUCAUUAAUGCUUCCCGAUAGUCCCAAGGUUCUUCGUCACAAGUAACUUGACCCACCACAAAGUCAUCGUAUCUCUGUGGCAAUACUCCACGUGUAUGUCGAACUCUACUGUUCACUUCGUUUUCCGCAUUUACCUCGAUGGAAUUAUCAUCAAAACCGUAGAAGUCACCUUCAAUCGAAUCGUUCGCAUCGUCAUAUACAGAUCGCUCCUCGUCACACAUUACACUUUGAUCAAAACUACGUUGAAUAAUUAAAUCUUCGCCAAGCUCAAGUGACGGGUUAUCCUGUAUUUCGCCUUUCUCCUCCUUUUGCUCUAAGCCAUUACCUAGCUGCAGAAAUCUCGCGUCGCGACUGAUGACAAUCCGAUUUGUAGCACGAUCCAGAAAACGGAAACCUUUGUGCUGGCUGGAAUAUCCAACAAACACAAGCUUAUUUCUUACGUUUGACAUUAGGAAUAUGAACAUUUGCUGCGGGGAAUAAGGAGUGGAAAAUUGUGCCUGGAUACCUUCGUCCCUAUAAAAUUGCUGCAAAUUUUCUCCUGUGAACUCCCCUCCUCAAUCGGAUCUGAUUACCUUUGGUUUCCUUCCUGGUGCCAACACCUCAGCAAUUUUAAUUCAAUAAGCGCUUUCUUAGUUGGCAUCAAUAACAGCACAAUGAAUGCUCAUAAUGAAAAAUAAGGACAAUUUGGAUACUUCUGCUGGAUUUCUAUUAAAUCUCGACAAAUAUUAGAAAAGAUUCCAAGUGCAAAUGACAGUUUCUCUUUGUUUAUUUUCUCUUUCAGUUAUUACUGUAUUUUCCAACAUUUUAUUAACAGCAGAUCGAAAGUUGAUAGUUUCAGUCGUUAUUCUAUGCAAAGUGUAAGAUAGUAUGAUUGCCUAUAGGACCAUAAUAAUCGAAAGAAAGAGGAACUGUCAUUUGCACUUAGUACCUUUUCUAGUGUUUUUCUUGAAAUUUCAGAAUAAGUAUGCAUAAUGGUAAAAGUAACAUCAAGUAACAUGUUUGAUAAUGUUUUUAAGAAAUCUUAGGGGCGUGUUUUUAGUUGCCAGCCAAUAAUUUCCCUAAUUUCACUCAAAUUUGUCUCAGUACUUGUUUAGUAAUCUUGGUAUUGAUUUCAAUUGUAUUCACAAAAUCGACAGAGCUGUCGACUUUCAUUUUAUCCACCGUUUGCAAGGAGUAUUUGAUUUCCUUCUUUGACAGUCGAUGAUAGGAGAAUCAAAUUUAGAUCAUCUCAGUCACUAGAGGCAAUAAUGGUUGUUGUUUUUCCAAAGUGACAAGCGUACAUUUUAAGAAUUCUAGAAGGAUUUUGUUCUCUCGCCAAAAUCCAACUCUGAAAGGGGGGACGGGUGUAGCGUAAUGGGUAAGUCGAUGCCUUUCACGCAGCCCACCUGGGUUCGAUUCCCAACCCCGCACAUAGGGUCAAAUGGUUUUUUUCUGGUCCGAAGAGGUGAAUGACCUUAAGGUUAAAACCUCUAUAAUCGAAACAAAAAAAAACUCUGAAAGAAUAUAGUAUAUGUUGUUAGCAAUGGUCUGUUGUCCUCAUGUACACCUCGUGCACUGCACAACUGGUCAAAUAGGCUCUAUGAGAACUUGUAUGCACACAUUCGGGAGAGGCUUCAGUGGCUUAUGCUUAUGGCAGUUGAAAACAAAUUGCUGUCUCAGUUGCAUCGUCGAAACGGUUCUGAUAUCAUACCGUAUAAGCAGUGCACAACCCGUAUAUUUUGUCACGAGACGCCACUGGAUGUUAGAAGUAAUUGGGUUUGAGGGAGGAGCGUUGUGCUUUAGUUCAUUCGUUUUUAAUUUUUAACCCUAUACAAUACCAAACUAAAAAAAUUGGAAUAACUAGAGAUGGUCAGUCCCCGUACGGUCCAACAAAACUAGUUUUCCUCGAAGAUUGAGUAAACUGGAGUUCUUUAUUGAAGAAUGAUAGCUCCCUGUUCUUCUCAAUAGAAAAGUCUAUCAAAACGUUUGCUGGUUUGAGUAAUCUGGUAGAAUUUCGCGAACUUUGAAAAUGUAUACAAAAGAGAAUGAUUAUUGGUAGAACACAUGCAAAAAGACUUUAUUAUUAUUGAAUCUGUAAACUACAAAAUAUAAUUUAUAGCUCUCAUAUUAUUUUUGAAGAAACAUACAAAGUUUCAGAAAAACGAAAGAAUGGUUUAAUAGAACUAAUUCUUUCGGUACAACUAUCAACAUUUUUACAGUUCUUUGAAAUUAACGGUUUUGCCCAUUUCUAGAAUACACUCCUAACUUGUAUAAGUUUUAAGAAGGACUGAUUUUCCAGAUAGCCUUUAAAAGACUGAUUCAGUGGUAGUCUUGAAAAAGAUUGAAUAGUUCGUUUAGACAAACUGUGGAUGAGAGUUUUAAUCGUAGUUCCAAGGAUAUAACCGAAAAAUACUUAUUUCUCAAUGUUUUUUUGGACAUAUUACAAAACCGGGAAUUUUUAGUCUCGCGCACCGGGAAAAAACAGGGAAAUUGAAAUCGCUAAUUCACUUGCCACCCUGUAAUCUGCUCAGCCGUUUUCAGUCUAUAUUGGCAUCCGAUUAAUUCGCCUACAGCAACAACACUAUUCGCACUUUUGAUCUCGCAGCUCUUCUCAUAGAACACUACUGUAAAUCCCUUUGCUGCAAGCUUUCGCACAGAAAUUAAUCCUCCUUCCAAUGCGGGAACAAACAGAACAUUUUCCAGUGUGAUUGCCAUACGCUGGCCAUUAGCAUUUACACACAUAACAAUUCCGCUUCCGCAUCCAGAUGACUUUGUUUUUGACCCGUUCGCUAAAGUUAUUUCAACUUCAACAUCACGCUUGAAAUUACCGAAGAAAUUCCGAUCGCUUGUCAUGUGACAAGUGCACCCGCUGUCAAUCAUCCAACCUCCUGCAAUUGAGUUUCCAGCCACGAAACACACUGCACCACAAACCGUGUCGUCGGUUGCCACCGGAAUCGCUUUGGAUUGCUGUACUUGCUUAGCCUGUGGUCUCGAAGUCUGCUGUUCAUCCGAGACCGCCAAAUUCUCUAUGUUUCUAGCAUCAAGAAACUUUCGGCAGUUUCUUUUGAAAUGACCAGGGCGCUUGCAAAAGAAACACUUCUUUGGUUCAUUCUUUUCAUUCACUUCAGCUUUAUGCACUUUUUCUUCCUUACCCACGCCAACACCACGCUUCAAGCAUUCAUCGCGCAGCCUUGCCACGACUAAAUCCAUCGUAAGAUCGUCUGGAGCGCGAUUCUCCAACGAGGUAACAAAACUGCUGAAGAAUGAUGGUAAACUGCGCAGUAGCAUAAUAACUCUCAGCUGCUCACUUAAUUCGACACCCGCGUUAUCGAGCCGGUCGAGCAAAUUUUCGACUUCUUCAAGAUGUUUUUCGACUUCGCCAUAAAUUGAUAGCACACAGUUGCUGCAAAAGCAAUGCCUGUGUACCGACAGUGGCCUUUUUGUGAUAACUUUUCAGAUUUCGCCACAUAUCACGCGCAGUUUCAGUUUUUUUCACGAAACGAAGUUGACUGUCGUCGAUGAACAAAGCAAUUGUAGCACGAGCUUUGGUGUCAUUUUUCUUCCACAACGCGAAGCCUGCGUCAUUUUCUUCCGGCUUUAUUUGUUCAAUAACUUCCCACAGCUCUUCGCGUUCCAAUAAAGAUUUCAUGCGAAACCGCCAUGACACAUAAUUUCCACUGCUGAGCUUGGGGAACUGCACCUUCAGUGAAUCCGCCAUUUUGUUUAUUCCGAGCCGAAGAUUUUUCGUCAAAAGAACACCGGCGAUGCCUUUCGGAAUACAGACCUUUUCCAGCCGAAACAAAAUUCUAAUUCCUCGUACCUGGCCCCAUAACCUGAUGGACCUAAAACACAGCAGAGACGCCGAAACGCAAUCAAAGCAGAGGAAAAAGGAAAACCGGGAAGUAGCACUCGGGAGAAAAGCAAGAACGCGUCCGAUAGGUUUCGAAUUCACUUUAUUAUGUAUUAUGUAACAUGAGAUUGAAAAAAAAGGAACAAAAGCAGUGUUGGCAAUGUCUUUGAUUAUUCUCUACGCUUCACACUCCGCAGGGUUGAUUCAUCGUACUCGACCUAUCACUACAAUUACCAGUAUGAAGUGGAAAUUAAAUGAAAUGAACGUACCCAAGUCAGGUUUGUGAAACCGAAACAGUUGAACGGUGAAUCAGAUUCAUCUUUGACGUUUGUUGGUAGUGUUUGUACCAUGGAACAGAAUAAAUGUUUUAUUUUCAUACUACCGGCCCUUAUGAGCAAACCACUGAUAGCUGUCGAACGAUGUUCAUUCAGUUUAUAUUGUGAGGAUGUGUCGUUUGGGACCUGAUGGGUGAGAUGAUGUGUGAGUGAAAUGUAAGAGUAAGUGGAUGUAUAAUAUACAUUAUACCGUGCCCUUGGGUGUGUUGUAUCAAAUUGGUCGUGAUACAUUUCGAUUGCGAGUCACAUGUUGAAAAGUGCCUAACACUGUCAAGGAUCAACCGAAGAUAACGAAAUGUGCUGUAGUAAUACUAAUAAAACCCAAAUGUUAAUAUCAUUUAAAAAAACGCAUGUCCUCAAUUCUUAUCCGUCAAACCAUGAUGAGCGGCCUUACAAAAUGUCAUUAAAAAUCACUAAUCCUUGUUUUGGAAAUGGAUGACUGGAAUAAGAAAUUCAAUACGAAAAAAAGUACAGGUGUGUUUUGUUUUUUAUACUUACGCCUUGACUAGGUACCAUGGAAAGAUAAAAUACUUUAAAGGAUACCUGGCAGGAUAUUUUCGAAGCACUCAGUAAGGUUGAACUAUCAGGUUUGGAAAUCAGUCUAGAAGUGACGGCCCAGCCGUCUGUUUAUUUUAUCCUCCAAUUAUCAGGUUACAGUGUUACUAGAUGUAACCAUAUUUAUGCAAACCGCAUAUGCGUAUGCAACAACUCUUCCCCUUAUAAUUAAUUUGAAUUCUUAUACUUCAAUUGUUCGAACUCAUAGUAAUGUAAUUCUAUUUCGAGUAUCAGGCUUUCCUGAUCAACUUAUUGAAAACACUUUCGAUUGUCCUUAUCUAGAACACAAAUAAUUUUGCUUAAUUGUAAAUAAAAUUUUCGUCUGCCCUAGCAGAUCGUUUUCUUUUCGACCGUCUAAGUUCAUUUUCCGACAGGUCUGCCAUUGAUAAUUUCCUCUUCUUACAGUUCCUUUUUAAUUCGUGUUCCUCAAAUCCUUUGAACUCCUCUUCAUCUUCGCUGCAACCGGUUGUUGUAACACACUCCGCCCCUUUGGAUGGCAUGCGUUUGUAAACCGGCCUUCUAAGUGAAACUUUAAUGAUUCUUAGCUGACAGCGGUGUGCCAUUGUUUCCAUUGGUUAGGUUGUAUUUUUAGAAAAACGUUUUAGGAAAUUUGCUUUUAACCAACGCGUAUAGCAAUGAGGGUUAUGAUUUUUGUACCACACCUCAUCACCCUCUAUCAGUUUAUCCAAUGGAUUUUCAGUCUGGUUUUUCAUAAUCGAGGUAGUAACAAUCGAUGACUGCUCAUCAGCGGGUGCUUUUGGUGUGGACAAUUGUCUCUUAUAAUAACUUUUUGGAUUAAGUAAAUCUAUUAGUGUUUUAGAUUUGUAUGAUAACACUUUUUCUGAUGGAAAACUCUUAUCAUUCGUCAAACAGCUAUUUCUACAUGUAAACAAAAAUAAAUUGAUGUGAUCUUCCAAAUUUAAUUCUUUGUAUUCUGAAUCCAUUAGGAACUUUUUUAAUACUUCUUUUACAGUUCUCACUUGUCUUUCUGCCUGACCAUUACUGGAAGGAUGGUAUGGCGGACUUUUAAACAUUUUUAUACCUUGCCUUUUUAAAAAAUUUACAAAAUUAUGAGAAUUAAAAGGAGGACCACCAUCCGAAACUAUCACAUCUGGUAAACUAAACCUGGCAAAUAAAGCCACCAUCUUUCUAAGAACUUUUCCGGUGUCAGUACCGUCCCUCAUAAAAUCUAUUUCUACCCAUUUAGAAAAACUAUCCACCAUAAGUAAAAACGUUCUAUGUUCAAAAUUGUUGCAAUAGUGGGGGUUCGGCAGAUUGAUCGACUCGCGUUUAGUGAUAUGAGGUACAUUUAAUAACGACUUAAAAUUGACGGUACAAAAACGCGUGUAGCUCUGCUACUAUUGCAGUUUAUUCUCUUCGAUGACAAACUCGGUACAUCCGGUCGCCGAUGACCUCGACGGCAUCUGUCAUGCUGACACCUGUCAGCUGAUGAGCCUCUGUGGUGAAUCGUGACCGGGGGUCUCCCAACA